UGUCAUUUGUUACCUGUUUGGUGUGGUGUACUGCGAGUGGAUUCGAUUUAUCCAAAUCAAAAGAAUUUAUGUAUUUGAAAUACAUAAAUUAGAAAAAUAUAAUUCAAGCGAAUAGUAAUUUUGUUUUUUAAUUUAAGAAUCAACAAAACCAUUCGAAAUAAACAUGCAAAGAGCUGUCACUAAAUCUACUGGUAUUUUAAUGCCAAUAGUUCAAAAUGUUGUCCAAAACCAACAGCAACAACAACGUGGUAUGGCGACUUUAAAAGCUAUUUCAAUUCGUUUGAAGUCAGUCAAAAACAUCCAAAAAAUUACGCAAUCCAUGAAGAUGGUGUCAGCUGCCAAAUAUGCCAGAGCAGAACGUGAUUUAAAACAAGCCAGACCAUAUGGUGUUGGAGCCCAGCAAUUUUUUGAAAAAGCUGAAGUUCAACCAGACGAAAAAGCUGAGCCAAAAAGAUUGUUAAUCGCAAUGACAUCAGACAGAGGUUUGUGUGGUGCUGUACAUACAGGUGUUGCACGUACAAUUCGUAAUGACUUAGCUGGUGGUAACGAAGGCAAUACAAAAGUUAUUUGCGUUGGAGAUAAAUCUCGUGGUAUCUUGCAACGUCUCUAUGGAAAAAAUAUCAUAUUGGUGGCAAAUGAAAUUGGUAGACUGCCACCCACAUUUUUGGACGCUUCAAAAAUUGCACACGAAAUUUUAAAAAGUGGCUAUGAGUUUACUGAAGCGAAAAUCAUUUAUAAUAAAUUUAAAUCAGUUGUUUCAUAUAAUUUGUCAUCAAUGCCAUUUUACAGCACUCAAGUUGUUGAAUCAGCUGGGAAAUUGUCAGUUUACGAUUCAUUGGAUUCUGAUGUGAUUCAAAAUUAUUUAGAAUUUUCAUUAGCUUCGUUAAUUUUUUAUGCUUUGAAAGAAGGCGCUUGCUCCGAACAAUCAUCACGUAUGACUGCUAUGGACAAUGCAUCCAAAAAUGCAGGUGAAAUGAUUGAUAAACUUACUCUCACCUUUAACCGCACCAGACAGGCUGUCAUUACUAGAGAAUUGAUUGAAAUUAUUUCUGGUGCUUCAGCUUUGGAAACUGAUGACUAAGUUAACUAGCUUCUGCCAUUUAUAACAUGGUUUUCGGGUUUAAAUUUUUAUUAUUUGGAAAGUUUAAACCAAAAACUUUAGUAAAGUUUAAAAACCAUAUUGUUAUAAUUAAAUUGAUUCCAACAAAUUUAAAUUGUAUUAAAUUUUAAAGAAAUAAAGAUCAUGGAUGAAACCAUAUUAAAGAAAAGAA